CCUCCUCUCAUGUCUCCUCUCUCAGUUUAUUCCUACUUUCUGCAUGUUGCGGUCGCUUUGCUUCACUUCUUCACAGCUCACCUGAUUUUAAUAAGGAAGGAACACAUUUUCGGAUCGUGUUAAAUAUUUGUGCAUUAAUACUUCAGUGCGUAAAGUGCAUCCACACUAUCAUUUAUCUCCUCUAUCAACACGGAUGUCCAGCUCCAAGGAGAGGAUAUGUAUCAGGGCAUAAUGACAACCAACCACGGACCCCCCUCCUAUGAGGCCGGAUUUCUCCACAACGCCUCGGCGGGCACCUCUCCGGUUUACGUGCCCACCACCCGGGUCGUCACCCCCAUGAUCCCGGCACUGCCUUACCUCCAGACCCCCGGCGCGUCGCAGCAGAGCAGCCCCGUGUCGAGCCACUCUGCCUGGGCGCAGCCGUGCGCCGACUCAGUGCCCUCGUACAACCACUCCCCGGUGUCUCCGCGCUUCGCCUUCUCCACCAGCCCGCCUCUGUCCUCCGGGGUGGCCACGGCCCGGGACACGGCGGCUUCUUACAGCAGCCCGCUAAACAUCUCUGCCAACGGGAGGGAGCACUACGGCGCCCGGAGCCUCAGCGGGUCUUAUCACAGCCCCUACCCGGCCUACAUGAGCCCGAACGUGGGUGGGACGUGGCCGGCAUCUCCCUUUGACAACCCGGUUCUCCAUGGUCUCCAAACCAGCGCUCCUCAUGGCACAACACGGCACCCAAACGACCUGUUUGAUGAUUUCAUUGAGGGGCGAGAGUGUGUGAACUGUGGGGCGAUGUCGACGCCCCUCUGGAGGCGGGAUGGUACGGGCCACUACCUGUGUAAUGCCUGUGGACUGUACCACAAGAUGAACGGCAUCAACAGACCUCUAAUUAAACCUCAGAGACGGCUGUCUGCCUCGAGGAGGGUGGGCCUGUCCUGCUCCAACUGUCACACCACCCUCACCACCCUGUGGCGACGAAACGCAGAGGGAGAGCCGGUCUGCAAUGCUUGUGGCCUCUACAUGAAACUCCACGGGGUACCACGACCCCUGGCUAUGAAAAAGGAGGGCAUCCAGACCCGCAAACGCAAACCCAAGAACCUCAACAAGUCCCAAACUGGGACCCCAGGCAGUGAGGGGACUCCAGUCACGCCAAGCAGCACUCCCCGGGCCUCCACCACCACAGAGGAGCCUCGCCAGAUAAAGACGGAGCCGGACACUCACAGCUUGUACACACACCAAAGCGCACAUGCACAGAUUUCAGCCCUGCCAGCCUACAUGGCAGCUCAAGGUGGGGCCAUUCCUCUAAAGAUGACCCCUGGCAGCCACGGCGGAUCUUCCGGCUCCAAAGCUGAACCCUGGAACAACCUAAUCCUGGCCUAGAAGACCUACGACCCAGCAUCUCAAACCAACCUAUUUGUGGUGAUUAAACUCUCCUGAGAGACAGGAAGCAGACUGCUGCUCUGGAUGCAGAUGUUCCUGCAGCCUGAGCACCGUACAGUGCCUUCAGUGCAACACUCUGGGACACAUGUGAGGCAAAUGGAGAUCCUAAACAGAACUGAGCAGAUACUGUGCAUCAUUCAUUCACAGCAAUGAAGGACUCAAUGGAGUUUGUAAAAGAGCAACACUGUGAUCAGACACACGACUGUUCACCUUUUCCAGCGUGCCAGUGCAGGGGCAUUAAGUGACAAAUACUUUAACUUAAACCAGUAACAAAUAACAGUCAGACUUUAUCUCCCUGAUUUAUUUUUAUUUUGUUAUAUUUGUCUUCAUUUUCACAUUGUUACGAACAACAUGCCUUAAAAUGAUGGACACACAAAACACGUAAAAAAUCCCAACAGCACACCUUAAUGUCAAAAGUAGCACCAUGGAGGAGUCGUAGCCAGUGUUCUUUAAGGGUCAGUUCACAUUGAUAAGAAAAACAGCAACUAUAUUUUCACACUCAUAAUGGUAUUUACUUGCAGAUGUGACAUCAAAGUGCAACAGAGGUAAAUGAGAAGUAUAUUUUAAAAACUCCAAAGCUCUGUCUCUUUACAGAACAAACAAUGUGCCGGUG